CGUACGUCGUACACCUAAUAAGUCGUAAUUUAUUUGUGUAAACUUUUUAUAUCUGGUUCUUUUCGCAAUUUAGUUCAAUUAAAAUGAAAAUGGUUAUUCUUUUUAACAGUUUUUUUCUUGCAUUACUUUUGAACGAAUGCACAGCGAUGCUUGGUAGUAAAUGGCUAAAGCGAGGAAAGUCAUCAUCGGACGAAUUUGAUAUUGAUAAUUUGCUGUACACUGGUGACCCAAUUACAUUCGCAUGUGUGACCUCUGAAAAUCAAUGCAAGUUUGAUUUGAUAAAAUCCAAUAAUGAUUCUGCAUUGCCGACUUUAUAUGACGCUUUAAAUAAUGGACGGGAUUUAUCAUUGUUUAUCCAUGGCAUUGGAAAUCGUGUUACUAAAGAUGGUCUCUACUUUUGGCACGCCAAAGAAUGGUUCUUAAAAUCUGGCAAAAACAUUUGCAUAAUUACGUAUGCUUAUUUAAAUAGUUGUAAAUCAAUGUUCAACGUUGUCCAAAGUUUGAAUAAAAUGGUAAAGACAAAACGAUUAGAGUUUGUGGCAAAGCAAGUACGUGAUUUGGUCUUAAAUGUUCGAGAAAAGUGUUUGAAUGACACUCACUCGAGUGUUAGUUGUUUAAAGCACAUGUCACAGGUUGAAAUUAGUGGAUAUAGCUUUGGCGGGCAUAUCGCAAGUCGAACCUGUGAUUAUCUCUUCCAAAAGACGAACGAGAAAGUUAAAAUGCUAUUGGCAUUAGAUCCAUCUGGUAAUUCAUUUCUCUUGAACAAAGUGGAAUAUCCAAAGAGUGAUAAUGCGGAUUUCGUCCAAAUCGUUCAUACGUCAGGAGUUGGAAUAGAGCGUCAAGUUGGCGACGUAGAUAUAUAUUUGAAAUUCAAGUCAAAGACACUAUUGGGACUGGACAAACAUGAGUUGGGCUUAUAUAUGCAUUUUGGAACUUCUGCCAAACGUUUUCACCUGAUUGGCGAAGAAAAUGGCAAUGGAACGGUUGUCGUGAAUACCGGAGAACCACUUCGUCAAUUGAAGCCCUCUGAGUGCCUGAUUGGUGUAUACGGAACAUUGAGUGAGCAUCAAAAAGGGAAGAGAUUUGAACUGGUGCUCGUUCAAGAGAAAGAAAUCAAACUUUUCUUUGACACUCUUGAUGUAUAUGGCAACCUAGAACGAUUUGAUUAGCAAAUUAAAAGAGAAUUUAUUAUAUGUAUGUCAAUAUUUCGAUAUUGUCUAGUUCGUUGGAAGAUUUUUAUUUAUACAGAUUAUUUUGCUGUUCAUCAUUGAAUAUUAAUAUUAAUACAAUUUAUAAAAAUAUUGACGUCAGCAGAAUAUUAAUAAAAUUCAUAUUCUCUUUUCAUAUCAAACAAGUGAAAAAUAACACUCCAUGGCGUAAAUAUCGAGAAAUAAAAGAAAUUAUAAUUUAUUUACGAACUUAAUAAACAGAUCUGUAAUUAUGUCUAAA